AUGAUCACAAAUGCUGUGAAGAAUAGAAAUGUCAAAGCUUUCUAUAAUCAUAAAUGCAUGCAACCAAAUCUAUAUCGAAUAAUCUGGGAUCUUGAAAUGCUAAUCAAAAAGCUGACUGCAGAAGAGAAAACAAAGUUAACUUCUACUGAAAGGAUGCAGAAGUAUAAACUAUGUGGAGGAUCUGAUACGCUAGAAAGAUUUGUUCUCAAAAUCGAAGAGAAACACCUAGCUAUCCAAGAAGAUUUAUCUGCACUAGCUGAAACGAUAAUGACACCAGAAGACUUGAAGGCGUAUAAUGAA